AUGGCCGACUCAGCAGCCCCCGCUCCAGCACAAGCCGAUCAGUCAGCAAACCGCGGCAGGAACAACCGUGGAAGAGGAGGCAGAGGAGGGAACAGAGCUCCGCGCGAAGGUCAGGAAGGCGAACAGUCACAAGGCAGCAAUAGGAAUGCUGGUCGAGGCAAAGGUCGAGGUGGGCGCAGAGGAGGGGCAGGAGGGGCACCCCAGGAUGCGAAAGAUCAAUCCACCACCGAACAACAAAUCCAAGCAAAGGGAAAGGCCCUUGCCAUACUACCGCAAACCCAGGACGGCGACGAUGUCGAAGCCGAGGUCUGCUUCAUCUGCGCCUCGCCAGUCGUCCACCAAAGUGUCGCUCCCUGCAACCACCGCACCUGCCACAUCUGCUCCCUGAGACUGCGUGCCCUCUACAAGACAAAGACUUGCGCCCAUUGUCGAACAAGUGCCGAACAAGUCAUCUUCACCGAUGAUGCCAACAAACGCUUCGAAGACUACAACCUCAAAGAGUUCGCUCACAGUGACGACAACCUGGGCAUCCACUAUGAGAGUCAGGACAUCUUCGAAGACACCGUCCUUCUACUACGCUACAACUGCCCUGAUCCUUCAUGCGAUGCUGCUUGUCUAGGCUGGCCCGAUCUGCACCGUCACGUCAAGAACGUCCACCACAAACAGAUGUGUGAUCUCUGUACUCGCAACAAAAAAGUCUUUACCCACGAGCACGAUCUAUUCACUCCUCAAGAACUGCGUCGACACGAGAAGCACGGUGAUGAUAUUCCUGGCGCUGAGAACCAGUCUGGUUUCAAGGGUCAUCCAGAGUGUGGUUUCUGUCGCCAACGCUUCUAUGGCGAUGACGAGCUGUUCUCGCAUUGUCGCGACCGCCACGAAAGAUGCCAUCUGUGUGACCGCCGUGAUGGCGGUAGACAACCUCAGUACUACAUCGACUACAAUGCCCUCGAAGUCCACUUCCGAAAGGACCAUUUCGUCUGCCCGGAUCAGGAGUGCUUGGAGAAGAAGUUUGUCGUCUUUGAUUCAGAAAUGGAUCUCAAGGCCCAUCAGCUCGAGGCUCACCCUAACGGCCUGACCAAGGAUGCUCGUCGUGAUGCUCGCAGAGUCGACAUCUCAGGCUUCGACUAUCGUGCUCCUCACCAGCAAGACCGUCCUCAGCGCAACAAUAACAGGGAGCGUCGUGGAGGCGGUCGUGGACGUGACCCGAAUGCCGACCCGUUGCCAGUCUCAUCCGCACAGCCCAUGGGCCGAGCAGAGUUGGCCUACCAACGUCAAAUGGCCAUCCAGAGCGCUCAGUCUGUGACGACACGCAGCUUCGGCGGCCAGCUCACUCAACCUACUGAGACUUAUGCUGCCAGAGCUCCUGCCAAUGCUCCUGAGCCUGCCACUAUCACCGCCCCUCGUCCUGAUCCUUUCCCGUCACUUGGAUCUCUCAGCCUUCAACCGUCAUCAGCCACUCCUCGCUCAUCGUCUCCAGACCGUUCCAUGGCUGGCUUGACACCGCAAGAACAGGCUCGCCGUCUGCGUCACAAUGCUGUCAACGAACGUGCUGCCAAUCUCUUGCGCAACGACCAGACAAAGCUAGCAGAGUUCCGUAACAAGGUCUCGCUCUACCGUCAAGGUGCAAUGACUGCUGACCAUCUCAUUGAUGCAUUCUUCGCACUCUUCGAUACAUCUUCGACAGAGCUGGGAAAGUUAAUCAAGGAGCUUGCCGACAUCUUCGAGAUUACUACCAAGAGAGACCAAUUGCUGAAAGCCUGGAACAAUUGGAGAUCUAUCAACGAGGACUAUCCAUCCCUUCCUCAGGCAUCUGGUGGUCAGUCUGGUCCCAGCAACAGUGCAGCAUCGGUGCUGGGCAACGGUAUCGGGUCCAAGCGCAUUCUGAACCUCAAAUCGAGCACAGCACAAAGUUCGCGUUCUAACAAUGCUCGUUCAUAUGGAUCUGCUGUCGCUCCCCACUCGAGUGGAAACCCUGCAAGUGCUGGAGGCCUGUCCUUCCCUCCUCUGUCAGCUUCAUCAAGAACAUCAACUCCCGCCGCCCCUCCUGUUCGUGUGAACCCUACACAAGCGACUUGGCUCAAUUCAGCACCGGCAUCUGCACGUCCCACUCCUCAACCUUCGCGUUCUGCCACACCCAGCAACAGCAAACCUCCAGGUCGUGGUGGAGAUAACUUCCCCUCCCUACCCAAGGCACAAAAGCCCACUAGCACAGUCUUCAGCCCCGGCUACACUGGAGCUGGCGUACGACGAGUCAACGCUCCUGGUCCUUCGACUGUUGCGUGGGGUGCUGGCGCAAGCAAUGACGUUACAAGUCCACCUGCUGUGGAAGAGACGCCAGAACAGACCAUCGUCAGAAAAGGCAAACAAGGCAAGAAACAAGUCUUGUUUAACUGGGGUUGA